AAAUGACGAUCUGAUGGCAGAAGAUAGACUGCAAAAGAGGGGAAGAGGGUGUGUGUCUGUGUGUGUGAGAGAGAGAGAAGGGAUUGGCAGCUUCAGUGACAGUGUAGACAAAGGUAGCUCCAGAGUGCAUGUGCGCCCUCUAUUUCAUUCACACAUCUGCUCACACACACUCACAUCCUCUCCCUCUCUUUCUCGCUCUCUCUUUUCCUCUCACGGACACACACACCCUCGAGCAGAAGCAGCAGGGCUGUGUGGGUGUUUGGCAGCAUGAGAAGUGAUAUUUGUGCAUCUACACAUGCAACUAGCUGAUGGAAUAAGUUGAUUGAGAAACACACAGGCACACCUACUGUACUCACACUCAGUGACACUGCGAGAUUGGCGGGCAGACGCACAAAAAGCACGCACAGCCUGCCGGCGGUCAGACAUCAGUAUGGGUCUUGUUGUAGGAACCUUUUCCAUGCAGUCCAAGCAGGUCACCUACCACAAAGACAAAACAGACGAUGACUUGGAGAUGACAAUGGUGUGCCAUCGACCCGAAGGUCUGGACCAACUGGAAGCUCAAACCAACUUCAGUAAAAGAGAACUCCAAGUGCUCUACAGGGGCUUCAAGAACGAAUGUCCUAGCGGUGUGGUAAAUGAGGACACCUUCAAGCAAAUAUACUCUCAGUUCUUCCCACAUGGAGAUGCCAGUGCAUAUGCACACUACCUGUUCAAUGCAUUUGAUACGGGAAAUAGUGGCUCCAUAAUGUUUGAGGACUUUGUAACAGCGCUGUCCAUUUUAUUACGGGGCUCCAUCACUGAGAAGCUCCAGUGGACCUUCAACCUGUAUGAUAUCAACAGAGAUGGAUACAUCAACAAGGAGGAGAUGACAGAUAUUGUCAGAGCGAUAUAUGACAUGAUGGGGAAGUACACUUACCCUGUUUUGAAAACCGACACACCCAAACAGCAUGUGGAUGCCUUUUUCCAGAAAAUGGACAAAAACAGAGAUGGGGUGGUCACGCUUGAUGAAUUCAUUCUUUCUUGUCAAGAGGAUGAAAACAUCAUGCGCUCUCUACAGCUCUUUGAAAACGUCAUCUAGACACCAACAAAAGGAAAACAGGUGGACCAACAGAUGAGACCAGUGAGCAUGACAAAUGAACAAAACUAAAGUGAAGAAUAGAUUGGACCUGCAUUAAUAAAGGAACAGUACAUCUCAUGAAGGAAAGACAACAGGAGACUUGAGGUGUGACUUUGCCACAAAACAGAAAGUGUUGUGUCUUGGUGUAUCGGUUC